AAAAGGCCCAAUUUCAGAAACAUUAGGCCCCUUUCCUCCAAGAGCCCCCCUUCAUUUUUAUUUCUCUGGUUCUUCUCCCCCAACUCCAAAAACCCUAAACCCCAAAUCAUGGUUCCGAAGCUCUUCGCCAGAACCCUAAUCCGAAAUGCGAUGGCGAGCAGGUCCUACUACACGAGCAGGACCAAGAAGCCGACCCUCUACAACAAAAUCAGCCCGCUCGGAAACCCUAGCUUGAAUGUGGUUCCAGAGCUCGACGACUGGGUCUACAAUGGCAACAAAGUCCGAGUCGCCGAGCUUCAGCGCAUCAUUCACGACCUCCGAAAGCGGAAACGCUUCUCCCAAGCCCUCCAGAUUUCAGAGUGGAUGAAUCAGAAGGGGGUAUGCAUAUUUUCGCCGGUUGAGCAUGCCGUGCAGCUGGAUUUGAUUGGGAAGGUACGCGGGUUUGAUUCCGCAGAAGAAUAUUUCAAUAAUUUGAGGGACGAAGAUAAGAACAUCAAGACGUAUGGUGCUCUUUUGAAUUGCUAUGUCCGGCAGCGCCAAGUGGAUAAGUCCCUCGCUCAUUUGCGCAAAAUGAAGGGGAUGGGAUUUGUUUCCUCGCCUCUUACUUACAACGACAUCAUGUGUUUGUAUACGAAUGUUGGCCAGCACGAGAAGGUCCCGGGCGUUCUUGCUGAGAUGAAGGAGAACAAUGUCCCUCCGGACAACUUCAGCUAUAGAAUCUGCAUCAAUUCGUAUGGCGUGAGGUCUGAUCUUGAAGGAAUGGAAAAGGUUUUUAAAGAGAUGGAAAGCCAGCCUCGCAUUGUCAUGGACUGGAACACGUAUGCUGUCGUUGCCAAUUUCUAUGUUAAAGAAGGCCAAACCGAUAAGGCAAUGAAUGCUUUGAAGAAGUCGGAAGAGAGGCUGGAUAACAAAGACGGACUUGGCUACAAUCAUCUGAUUUCGCUGUAUGCGAGUAUGGGAAGUAAGGGUGAAGUUUUGAGGUUAUGGGGUGUUGAGAAGAGCGCUUGUAAGAGAUGCAUAAACAGGGAUUAUAUGGGCAUGUUGAUGUCUCUGGUGAGGCUCGGUGAGCUCGAUGAAGCUGAGAAGGUGAUGGAGGAGUGGGAAUUGUCUGGAAACUGUUACGAUUUUCGGGUGCCACAAACUGUCAUUACAGGCUACACCGUAAAGGGAUUGUACGAGAGAGCUGAAGCUCUGCUUGAAGACUUGAUGGAGAAGGGAAAGGCAACCACAGCGAGAAGUUGGGAAACAGUGGCGGCGGGGUAUGUGAAUAAGGGUGAGAUGAAGAAGGCUUUUAAGUGCUUGAAGGUGGCCCUCCGUCUGUCUUCCGAGAAAAGAUGGAAGCCGAACCUCGGAGUAGUGACACUGACAACCUUAUUGAGUUGGCUUGGUGACGAAGGCAGUGCUGAAGAUGCGGAAGCUUUUGUUGGGGCAUUGAGGAAAGUCAUCCCGGUGAACAAGCACAUGUAUCAUGCUUUGUUAAAGGCAUAUGUAAGAGACGGUAAAGAAGUGAAUAGUGUUUUGGAUCGAAUGAAAGCUGAUAAAAUAGACGGCGAUGGCGAAGAGACAGAGAAAAUCCUCGCCAUGAGAGAAUACUAGUUUCUACAUAAGAAUAUUUCAAUGGCAAUGGCGAUGGCGAAGAAAUUAUUAUCCCAAGACAAGUACGAAGCCACGGUCUCCCUCCGCCCAUUGUCCCCAGUUUCAACGGUGACAACAAGAGAACAUUUCCGGAACAGGUUUUCGCCGGUUAGAACAUCUCUGGAAGCUUAGGGCCGUAGUGAAAGUCCUGCGAAAAUAGAUUUUAUGACGGUUUCUGUGGAGUUUCACAAAAUCGAUUAAAAACCGUAGAACAAUUUCUGUGAAAAACGCAGUUGUUGAGAUUUCGUAAUAUUUUUUGCGUGUGCUGUGACAUUGUUAUAACCCAUGAAAGCAAUGAAUAUGUUUACAAAUUGAA